AUGUCUGCUAAUACCGAACACGAUGCACUUAUUUUGGCAUACUCACAUUUGAAAGGGAAAAAACGGGAAGCUGAAGCUCUUCAUUCUCUUAAGAAGAUUGCGUCUUUGGUCAAACCUAUCAUGAGAGCACGUCAUUGGCGUGUAGGUACUUUGACUGAAUUCUACCCAGAUCAACAAAAUCUACUAGGUCUUAACGUAAACAAUGGGCAAAAAAUAUGUCUACGGUUGAGAUAUCCGGGAGAUCAGAAUCAAUUUCUGCCGAUGGAAGAGGUCGUGGAUACAAUGCUUCACGAAUUAUGCCACAACGAAAUCGGACCUCACAAUCAGCAAUUUCAUGCUCUAUGGGAUCAACUCCGGAAGGAACAUGAAGGUUUGACAAAUAAAGGAUAUACUGGAGAGGGUUUCUUGUCAGAAGGGAGGAGCUUGGGUGGACGAAGAGUACCACGGCACGAAGCUAGACGUCUUGCUCGCAUAGCUGCGGAGAAAAGGCAGAAAUCCUUGGUAGGGUUCGAUCAGAAACUAGGAGGUCGGCCAGUACCAUACGGCAGCGAUAUUCGAAAGGUAAUCGUUGAUGCGAUCGAACGUCGAAACAAAGUCCUCAAGGGUUGUGGAGAGAGCAGGAUGAAUCCAAUCGAGAUUAAAGAUAUGGCCGAUGAAGCUACGAGUAACGGAUUCAAAACACUAGCAGAGAAAGAUGCGGCUAAUGAGGCAGAAAUCGCUCAAGCCAUGUGGGAGCUCGUUCAAGAAGAUCAGAAAAGGGAGAACGGGGAUCUUAAUGUUCCUUCCUCCGCCCAGAAUUCAGCAGGAAAUGGCAAUGAUAAUAUCGGGGGACGCGCAUCGGAUAAAAAGCCUAAAUCUUUGUCUGAACAACCUUCACGUAGACAGCGCUCAACUUCGGGUUCGACCUCUGUUGGAUUUGGGAUACCUAGACAACCUUUGAACCAUGUCAGCCCCCUGGUCUCCAAAAGUUUGAACGAGUCAAAGCCGUCUGUGAGGACAAAAGCUCCUAAAAACGAGCCUGCACAAGGGCCAGUAUACUCAGCACCUGUCUUGACGGGAUGGUCAUGCCCUAUAUGUACGCUUCACAAUCCAAUCAACUUCUUGUGCUGUGAUGCCUGCACUAGCGAGAGGCCGGAAGGUAUCACGAAGCAGGUUAGUCGGAAUAUCGAGAGGAAAGCCGUUGCAAAGCCUGCUCCACAACAACCACAAAUGUGGACUUGUCAAUGGUGCAGUACUAAAAUGGAAAAUCAAUGGUGGACUUGCUCUACCUGCGGGAAUAUGAAAGAAAGUUCAUGA